GAGAUACGUGAGGGAGAGUAACUCUAAUUUUGGGGGAAAGGAUUUUUCAACUUUUUGCAAAAAGUCGAUUUUUGAACUUUUUUCGCAACCAUCGGUGACAGACGAACAGACUUUGCGUGUUGACCUCACGUUGACAGCAGUAAAUUAUUUUCGCGCAGAGGUGUGCAUGGGCUGACAACUGACAACGCGUCUUCCGUCGGAGUGCCCGACCUCGAAGUUGUUUGUUGGCUGGGCUACUUUGAAGUUCUUUUUUGGGUUGUGGUGAUGUUUGUGUUUGGGUUUGCCCGGCUCUCGCAUCGAUCUGACAAGACCCCAUCGCGAUUCGGCCAGUGAAGGUUACAAUUGGUUGCAUCGAAUGCAUACAAUCGGGUUAGCAAACACAGAGGACACCAGCGUUGACAUCAGCAGCAAACCAAACCUAAUUGAUUUGAAGAAGCAAACCAAACACAAAACACCAUGCCGCCGAAGAAAAAGUCUAGCAAGAACGCCGACAAGAAGGGAGACGAUUCGUUGACCCGUAUCGCCAUCGUCAACGCGUCCAAGUGCAAACCGAAAAAGUGCAACCAAGAAUGUAAAAAAUCUUGUCCCGUUGUCAAGCUUGGAAAACUUUGUAUCGAGGUUACACCCAAAAGCAAGCUGGCCUUUAUUGCCGAACCUCUUUGUAUCGGUACGUCGUUGUGUGGAUUUAGAUUCAAGGACAAUAGUAACGAACGAAGAAUAGUUUUCUUCGCCGUAUGCUACAACAGAACUGCAUUCCUCUUAGCUCAGAAAUUCUUUGCGUUCUCUUCGGCUUUGUGCGUUGGUAUUUUAAAUUUCUUUUGUUUGUUCCAACCUAAUAUACCAUGCUUUGUUUUUCGAAUGUUGGAAUUCAUAGGAUGUGGUAUUUGUGUGAAAAAAUGUCCAUUCGAGGCUGUUAAUAUUAUCAACUUACCAAAGGAUUUGGAAGGCAACACUACCCACCGAUAUGGGCCCAACUCUUUCAAACUCCAUCGUCUUCCCAUUCCUCGCCCCGGCCAGGUCCUGGGUUUAGUCGGAACGAAUGGAAUAGGUAAAUCGACCGCCCUGAAAAUCUUAGCGGGGAAGGCCAAACCGAAUCUUGGACGGUACGAAAAUCCUCCAGACUGGGAAGAAAUCCUGGUUCAUUUCCGUGGUAGUGAACUCCAAAACUAUUUUACUCAGAUUCUAGAGGACCGAAUGAAGGCCACCAUGAAAAUGCAGUACGUUGAUGCCAUUCCAAGAGUCUUGAGAGGAACCGUCAAGGAUAUUCUCAAGGAUCGAGACGAUCGGUCGGAGAUGGAAGGAAGGGAUGUUUACACCUGGGCCGUUAAAACUGCCGAAUUGGCACACUUGCAAACCCGUGAAAUCAGGGUUUUGUCAGGAGGAGAACUUCAGCGUUUUGCCAUUGCCGCUUGCGCUAUCCAAACCAGUGAUGUUUACAUGUUCGACGAACCGUCUUCCUAUUUGGAUGUCAAGCAGCGUCUUACGGCUGCGCACAUGAUUCGCGAGAUUUUGGUCAACACCAAGAAUGCAGAUCGUCGUUACGUUAUUGUGGUAGAGCACGAUUUGGCGGUCUUGGAUUACCUGAGUGACUAUGUUUGUGUCUUGUACGGGACCGCUGGUGCCUACGGUGUGGUAACCAUGCCCUUCAGUGUCCGACAGGGUAUCAAUGCAUUUUUGGCUGGAUUUAUUCCCACGGAGAACUUGCGAUUCCGUAAUGACUCCUUGUCUUUCAAGGUAUGUUUUGUAUAUAUUCAAGAAAGACAUGGUGAUCCCCCUUGUCCCGACUAUAGUCGAUGCGCUCUAUCAAGUAACUGGAUUCCUGCCGUAAAUGAGAAAAGAUUCUCUUUUUUUCUAAACAGUACCUUUUGGUUGUUUUUUCCUUUUAUUUCUUGUAGGUCUCUGAACGUGCCGAAGCGGAUAGAAAGGAGGAUUUGAUGAAGUCUUACAGUUACCCAUCUAUGACGAGAACGCAAACUCGUGGAAAGGACAAAUUCAUCUUGCAUAUCGAGGGAGGAGAAUUUACUGAUUCGGAAAUUAUUGUCUUGUUGGGAGAGAAUGGUACCGGAAAGACUACCUUUGUGAGAAUGCUUGCCGGUCUGCAAAAGAGUGACGAGCAAGAGAAACUCGAAAAGGAUGGAUACGAGUACGAGGCUUCCCAGGCUGGUGUCCCCGAUCUAAAUGUUAGCUACAAACCCCAAAAAAUUUCUCCCAAAUUCAAGGGAACUACUCGCCAACUCUUGCACAAGCGCAUUCGGGAUGCAUAUGUUCACCCUCAGUUCGUUUCUGAUGUCAUGAAGCCUUUGGCCAUGGAAGCAAUUAUCGACAAUGGAGUUCAAGCCUUGUCUGGUGGAGAAUUACAGCGCCUUGCCAUUACGCUUUCCCUAGGUAAACCGGCCGAUGUCUACCUAAUUGAUGAACCUAGUGCCUACCUCGAUUCAGAACAACGUAUCAAUUGUGCGAAGGUUAUCAAACGCUUCAUUAUGCACAGCAAGAAGACUGCAUUCGUGGUUGAGCAUGAUUUUAUUAUGGCAACCUAUUUGGCAGAUCGCGUGGUUGUUUAUCACGGAAGACCUGGAAUCGAAGCAACAGCGACGGCACCGCAGUCUCUACUGACAGGAAUGAAUAUGUUCCUCAAGAGUUUGGAAGUUACUUUCCGUCGUGAUCCCGUCAACUUUCGUCCACGGUACGUGUGGAAUUGUCGUAGCAUUUACAGCUUUGUGACGUGUAUUGCUGGAAUGACGAAUUUUCAUUUUCGACGCCCUUUGUCGCAAUCGACAUUCGAUUGCGAGCGCCGUCUUGGCGUUGGCUCUGGGGUUUUAAUGUCUUUGUUUUAAUUUCUUACCUGCAACCUGCCGUGAUGCUACCAAAAUUGGUCCCAAACACCCUGUUCAUGAAAAAUAUGAAUCUGACUUUGCUGUUUCCGUAUUGUGUAUCGAAAUCGAACCAUCCUAUAGAAUCAACAAGCACGGUUCGCAAAAAGACCAAGAGCAGAAGAAGAGUGGAAAUUACUUCUUUUACGAUCCAGAAGAAAAUAACGACGACGACGAUGAUUUUGAUGAUAUUUAAAAAAGCAUUAGCUAAGAUUUUUCCGAAAAACGGUCUCAUUCCUUUCUCUCAGUCUUAUUGUUGUCGUCGGUCGAGAGGAAACACUUCAGAUGGUUGUCCCACGAUGCUCAUUAAAAUACGACUCCUCUUUUUUCAUACCCCGACAUAAUUCUUGUGGACUUAAAAACGAUUCGGUGAAGCAUCGUAAGCAUUAGGAUAUAUUGUGGAAACCGUGGGCACCAAAUAGUGUUGGAAAAAAUAAAAUAUCUGAUUAUAUUUUAUGUUCCUGUAAUACAUCAUUCUAUUAGAUGUCAGCCAUGGCAUGUAUUUCAACGGGAUCGGCAUUGUUCUUUACUAAGCCUAUUAAUGAAUCGCUCAUUUUGGUUGUUGGUGCCUUCGUUGUACAAUCUGUUGUUGCUGCUGUGGUCCUCUUCGUUGAAGUCUGCUCUUCGAGAAAAUUUCUUACAGUUUGGCUUACUCUCGGGCUACAAACCAACAUUCGCGAAGAACGGUAGCUACGAGAGAUCAGCGUCGCCGAUCGUUGAAAAUGGCCAAUAAGUAUCUGCUGAGAUUCGCCGUUUCGUUGUUCGUUUGGCCACAUGGGUUCUUGGUUUGAUGGUUCGAUGCAUACAUCGCUGGCAUUUGACAGGUUCGAUGCUCGGACGGUUACACACGAGCAGGUUGUCCUUUGAUCGCCAUUUCCACUCCGCGAUUUCCUCCCGAGAUGGAGUCGCGGCAUGCAUGCAUUGAUUGCAACCCAAGAUCUUAGACGCCGCAUGG